GAUUAUUCUAUGCAUGCGGCAUGCCCGAUUUAUACAGUGCCGGUGGCUGUGGUUUCUGAAUAAAUCUCAAACUAAGGUCGAGUUCUGUUGAUCAAGAAUGGCAGAAAAGAAUUCUCAUGGACUUGGUAAAAGACAAUCAGAUAGUGAUAAAUUGAAAGCAAUCAGAAAAGAACUCUCAGAAGUCCCAUUUGGUGAAUUACAGAAACUGCAAGAAAAAAUUGGAUCCAAAAAGUACAAUGAAGCCCUAUUUGGCAAACAGGAGCAGAAAUCCCAUGAUGCAUCUAAACCAUUCAAACGUGCCAAUAAGAACAGACCACGUGAAGAAUCUUCUAAGAAACCUGUAUCAAGAUUCAGGAAUGUGGUAGAGGUGAAGAAACAGAUGGCAAGAGAUCCUCGGUUUGAUGAUCUGUCUGGAGAUUUCAGGGAAGAAACAUUUGAAAAGAAUUAUCAAUUUCUUUCUGACAUCAAGGAAAGGGAGAAAGGGGAAUUGGAGAAGUCAAUGAAGGAAACUAAUGAUCCUCAGAAGCAACUCAAGAUUCAAAGAUAUCUCUAUAAAUUGGAACAACAAGAAAGGGCGAAGAACAAGAAAAACAGUGCCAAGGAGUUGGAAAAGAAGUACAUGAGAAAAGAGAAGGAACUUGUCAAACAAGGGAAGAAACCAUUCUUCCUCAAGAAAUCUGACAGGAGAAAGUUGGAGCUUGCAGAGAAAUUCAAAGCACUGAAGAGGAGCGGGAAGGUUGAUAACUACCUUGCGAAGCGGCGGAAGAAAAAUGCUCAGAAGGACCGGAAGAAGAUGCCUUCCCUUGUUCAUGAUGACAGCUGAUUAUUAUGACAUGAGAUGAAUUAACUACCUGUGUGCAUCUCACCGCAUGGGCUGCUCUGAUGGAAGGAGAAAAAAGUUUUGAUUCCUUUCUUAACCAUGUUGCAUGAUGGAAUAUGAUAGAAAAGGACAUUGUGAAUGAAGGCACUAUUCUACAACUUUGGUGCAGUACAGCAAUGCAUUAUUCUAAGACAUCAAGCUUACACGAACAUUGGAGACCAAGAAACAUAUCACAAGAUAGAAUCUGUGUCAGUUGUGAAGAAAAGAUUAAUGUUUGCACUAAUUCAAGUUUGUUACAAGUGGCAUUGCAGACACCAUUCUAUACUACCACUGCAGUCCAGACAUAGUACUUGGGUGCCAUGUGAUUCUCCCUGUAUUCUCUCGCCAUAGGUAUGGGGCGUUGCCGCCUGGUAAUAAGACUUACAAUUAUGGUAACUUUGCGGUUAUAUCAACUACCAUGGUAACAGGGCUCAACAGCCAAUCCAAAUCAAGUUUCUAUGAUAGUUACCAUAAUGGCAAGUUUAAUAUAGCUGUAGGUCUAUAUUAUAUGAAGCAGGUCCAUGGUCAGCUUCUAAUGACCAAGGAUGAUACUUCAGCAUUAUUUGACAUCACAUGAUACAUGUAGUAAGGUUUCAAGUACAUAUAUAGCUAUUAUACCAAGUUAUUUUACUGUAACUGUUAUAAUACAUAUCUUAGAAAUGAAGGUAUUAUAGUUGUAAUUGUAUAGAUGUUAUCCUAGAUCUAUUGCCUUUUAUUAGCUUCUCUGAUUUGAAGGUAAGGAAAAACUAAUUGUACAAAUGGGCAGGAUUGCAACAUCAGCGCACAAAGGGUUAAGAAUCUGUUUCACUGACGCAAGCAUAUCUCUGCUCUUUCAUCCACUGAUCAUGAACACAUGCUAUAAAUGCCUGAACUGUGGUUGACAAAAUCUUUUUCUCUAUUAAUUUCAACAUACAGUAUCAUGAAUUAACAGAUUUUUCACAGUCUCCCACUCUCCUGCUGAAGCCUUGAUUUAUCUGUUUGUCUUCUGAUUAAGAUGUAUUUUCAUGCUCUGAAAAUGCAAUUAAAAUAAUAUGUGACAUUAAUCAUUGUUGUCUUACUUUUGAAAGUUUUUAUAUAUCACUUCAGUUUUUUUUAUUAAAAAUAAUCAGUUUCACAUUAAAAAUAAUUUGAUGAGGUUUCCUUUUUCUCAAGCUCAGAACUAGAGCGUGUAAGUUGAUUCAUUACACAAGAAAUUUAUGAAUAUAAUAACCAGAUCAGAAAAGAUGUUGGACUUCUUAAUCACCAGACAAUAAUGAUCAGGAAGUUGUGCAGGGGUCUGUUGCAGAAAGAGUUGCAUUCAAACGCAAGUAAAAAAAAAUCAAUGCAAGUCCCAAAUACACGCCGUUGAUUGGUUGAAAAACAAGUUGCGAUUUAUUGCAACUCUUUCUGCAACGGGCCCCUGAUCAGAUAUUGAUUUUAAUGUUGUUCAUCUGGUAUGAUUGUAUUAUGUAACACAAUCUUAUGCUAACAAAUGGCUGACCUCACACUUGGGUCGAUUAUUACAAAAUAAAUGUUUCUUUUUAUGAGAUCAGCAACAUGAAAUUCAUAUCAAGCAAGCAUAUAAAAGAUGCAUCAGGGUGAUAUGAAUAUAACCGGUAGUAGGACUGUAGAAUAAGAAAUGUUCAGAAUCUUAUUUUUUGUCAAUAAAGAAAAAUUUCGGAAAAGGUUAAUAGCAGUUGGUUAUUUUUGGCAAUUAUGUUCACCUAUAUAGGGUUCCUAUUCACUCUAUAUUAUUAUGGGAUGCAUCAUUUCUCCUUCCACACCGGCAUGAUGAUGAUUACUUUUCACAAAAUUUAUGUUGGUGGAGGGAGAGAAGGAACCUGAAUGGGAAGCCUGUGAUGUUGACCUUAAAAAAAAUUUGUAAUAAUUUGUUGUAUGCAAGGGUACAUAGGAUUCUAGCCAGAAAUAUGGCCAUACAAAGAUUUUUAUUCCCUCCGGGGGGGGGGGGCAUGUGUAAACGAUAUUGAAAAAAAAAUAGUGAAUUGACCGAACUUGUCUUAAGGGCACUUUUGCAUUUUCUAAAGUAAAAUUGAAAGAUUGUGUGCACACUUUUGGUGAAGUUUGUUGAAAUAUUCAGAUAAAAAACAAGUUUUCAGAGUUUCUUUUGGGGCAACUGCCCCCUGCUCCUAUGCUGCAUACAUCCAUGUCUAUAAGUAUGCUAUUGUUGAGAAGGAAACCGGACAUUUCAUAAUGUCUUGUCUUUAGGGCAAAAACAAAAAUUCUAGAUUUUUCCUUGUCACUAUCCAUCUUAAAUGAUUAUACUCAUAUUUGUAAUAUGAUUUAUGAAUAGGGUAUUUCUAGAAAUAGGGUUGUGACAUUACCUUCCAAAAUAUCAAUUUGAAUUGUUCAUCAACAAGAGAACCCACCUACCAAGUGACAAAACUUGCAAUUGUAAAUAACUUGACUUUAUUAACACAUAACAUGGUAAGCAUUACAUUUGGCUUUUUUAAGUAUUGCAAAAUUUAUACAGGAACAGGAGAAACACCCAUUGCAUUUGCAUUUGGAAAUAAGCAUAAUCAUUUAAGAUGGAUAGUUACAAGAAGAAAUCUAGAUUUUUUUAUAACAUAUAUUUUGACCAUGCUUGAUUAAUAUUUCUUGCCCUGUGCUCUUACAGGUACUGCAGUGCAGGCAUGAAUAUUUAAAUGUGUAAUGGAAUAUUGUUCCACACUCCAAAACCUAUUCAGAGGGGCACUUACUGCAUUUUUUCCAAAAUGAAAAGAAUUUUGUCAAGAUGACAAGAAUUUCAUUAAAAGGUUAUUAAAAUUCAUGUAAGUUGAUCAGAAUAUAGCUCAGACAUAGGGAGGGUGGAUGAUCCCCCAAAUGAUGUAUAUUUCUGCCAUGGAUGGUGAUGAAUUGUAUGUUUGAUGAACACUAAAAUGUAGGCGAAUGUGGUGUGCUGUUGAGAAAGAGAUGGGGGGGGGGGGGAGCAAGAGGGGUUGCAAAUGAAAAUAUUGAGACUGAGAGUGGAGGAGAAUGAACAAGUGAAAAAUGUCAGGUGGGAGAUAGCCUUGAACUUUAUUAUCACAAGGCCUGUUUUAGUUUGAAUCUAUGUAAUAAUAAAGCUUUAUCAGCUUAAGAGCAAGCAACAUGCUGCUUUAGAUCACUGGUAUAUGGGGAGCACUGCUUCCCACCCCAUUAGUUUCAUGAUCAAGAAUAAAUGAAAAGAAAUGAAAAUGGUUAAAAUAAGAUGUCAAAAUAUAUCAAUUGGUACUGGAAUCCAAAGCCACAGGAAGUUGAACAUUUAAACACUUGAGGUGAAAGAAGCAUAAUGCCUGAAUGGACUCAAUAGCAGUAGAGCCAUGAAUGACCAUCUCAAUUCCAUUGGUUCUUUUUUUCAUUUUGUGACUUUGGAUUCUGGAAUUGAUUUGAGGGGCUACAGCCUCUUUGUUAUUAAACCAAUCUCUUAAUUAUUGACAUACAUGUGCUUAAUAAA